AUGGCCGAAACCCCAAUAACCUGCAGCGCCUGCUCCACCCCCUCACCAAAUCUCAAAAACUGCGCCAAAUGCAAAACCACCGCCUACUGCAACCGUGCCAGCCAAAAAACCCACUGGCAGUCCCACAAGAAAGACUGCAACGCAUCCGCCACCACCCAAUCCCGAGCCGACGACAAGCCUUUCACGGCGAUUUCCAAAGGCACUUUUCUGCAAGAGCGCUCUGAGGAGCAGACUUUCCGGAUUCUGAUUGAUGCGUUGAGAUUGCGGGAGGAGGAUGUGUAUAAUGUUGAGCAGGUGGCGGUGGCGGGGACGAUUUAUGAGGGGGAGGGGUCGUCGGAGGGCGCGUUGAGGGGGUUUUGGGGAAGGCGGAGGGGGUGGAGGGGUUCUUGCCGGCGUGUCGACGCUUGCAUCCAAUUCGGUCUCCAGGACGAGGACUUCUCUCCUUACGAUGCUCAGAAGAAAUCCGAUAUCGUCGAGACCUGGAAGGACGAUCGUAUGCCGAUGAAGCUACGCAUGUUGGCGGAGAAGGUGUAUGGAAGUGCGCCCGAUGGAGUCAAGGGCGAUCACAUGCUCCCGAUGAUGGUGAGCUCGGAGGCGGGGAUGGGUCCGAGGUACAUGAAGAAGAUCGAUGUGGCGCCUGCUUUGGGGAGGAAUCCGAGAGCCUGA